GGGGACUUUGUGUGAAAUUUGCAGGAUUUAAAGGGUGUUUGCAGAGCGUGGGUGUCUCUGAGGGCGCUUGGCUGAAAAGUUUUGUGUGGAGGAGGCGUGUGCCUAUUCGAACUGCAGUGCCUGCGUUGUAUUUAUGAGUGAGGAGACUCGGAAAAACUACAGCGUUCUAAAGAGGCAUCGUCGAGAAUCUCUGCAACGGGAAGGGGGUGGAGGGGUGGGGAGAGGGAGGGGGUGGGGGGAAAGAAAACACAAGAUUCUUUGUAAAUGAGAAAUGGAAAGUUUUGGAUCACUGGACAACCGGUUGGAUAAUCAUACCAGCCCGGUGGAUUAUUUGCACCAGAGGUUCGCCAAUAGUUGCGAGAACACUUUCAACUCGUGGAAUGAUUAUUUGGGUCUGACCACACUGGUGAGCAAAGCUGUCAACCAGGCGGGCAAGAGUGGGCUAGAUCCGGGCAGCGAGCUUGGUUUGCAGACCCGGUCUCCCUAUCUCGCCCGCUCCCUAGAGCUGAGUCACCUGCCCCUGUGCUCUCAUCACGGCGACCUGCUAGACUCCGACUUGGAGGAGAGGUUCGCUGAGUUCAGCCCCUUCUCCACGAGUUCGAGCUCCCUAUUUGCUUCCUCCGGGGCGGGCGAAGAGCAGCGGCACCAGCAGCGACUGGACCGAGAACAGUUGGGGUGGAACCGAGUGGACGUGAUCAUGAUGGACGAAAAGCAUCUCCCUCACCACUACCAACAGCCAACUACUCACCACCAGCGAGGCGCCAGAGCUAAGCCAGACCUGCAAAUCUGCGUGUUCUGCAGGAACAACAACGAGUCUGUUACCCUCUACACCACCCAUGUCCUGAAAAGUCCCGAUGGAAGAGUGCUGUGCCCCAUCCUGAGGAGGUACACCUGCCCCCUGUGUGGUGCUAACGGGGACAACGCACACACCAUCAAAUAUUGCCCCCUCUCCAAGCUACAACCCUCUAUCCCGAAAUUGAAGAGCAGAAACUCCGUUAGCAAGAGGGUCCGUUAAUAAGGACAGCCAUUUUAUUGCUUCAGUCCGUGUGUUACUGAAACAAUAUUAACUUUGAGGCCAUCCUUCUGAUCUGUAUGGUAGCUGAAGACUUGAGGAUGUGACCAGAAAACUAAUUGCCGCAAUAGUGGGGAGAUGCGUAAACAUCCAUAGUUUAAUGGUCGUGGGAUCUUGGCAAAAAAGUUGAAAGGUAAAUUUAAGACUACUUUAAAUUUUCUAAUAAAGUCAAUUUAUUUUUGACUUUCAAAUCAAGUGAUAAACUUAAAGGAUUAGCUGUUGAUUUGUGAAACGAACUAGAUUGGGAAGUAUAAUAUUUCUCAUCUGUAAUAUUUGUGUAGAUGUUUGGAAUAAUGCCACAAUUAUCAUGAGCCAAGGAAGAGCAGCAUAUUUAGCAAGUGUUGUGCAAUUUUAAUCUCCUUUGAUAUCAUCUUUGUUCAAUAAUGGCAUUCUUGUUCCUGACUCGAGCCCCAUUGCCACAACUUGAGCAUACAUCACUC